AUGUCGGCACUACGCAUCCUAGUACCCAUGAAGCGGGUGAUUGACUACUCGAUCCGACCGCGCGUGAACAAGGCGCAGACGGCCGUCGAGACGGCGGGCGUGAAGCACUCGAUGAACCCGUUCGACGAGCUGGCGAUCGAGGAGGCGGUGCAGAUACGGGAGAAAGGGCGCUAUGGGCCGGGGGUCGAGGACAUCUGCGCGAUCUCGGCCGGGCCGGCGAAGGCGCUGGAAGUAGUGAAGACGGCGGUGGCGUUUGGGGCGGACCGCGGGGUGUUCGUGCAGGUGCCCGAGGACGCCGAGGCUGGCGAGGACGGGCAGAUGGAGCCGCUCGCGGUGGCAAAGCUGCUGAAGGCGGCGGUGGCGCGCGAGCGCAGCAACCUCGUGAUCCUGGGGCGGCAGAGCAUCGACGACGACGCGGCGCAGACGGGCCAGAUGCUGGCGGCGCUGCUCGGAUGGCCGCAGGCGACGCAGGCGAGCCGGAUCCGGUUCGGCGAGGACGGUGCGGCGCCGGACAUCGUCGAGGUGACGAAGGAGGUCGACGGCGGCGCCGAGACGGUGCGCGCGAAGCUGCCGAUGGUGAUCACGACGGACCUGAGCCUCAACACGGCGCGCUACAUCACGCUGCCGAACCUCAUCAAAUCCCGGAAGAAGCCGAUCACGAAGCUGGUCCUCAGCGACCUCGGCGUCACGAAUGAGAAGCGGUUGAAGGUUCUCAAGGUCACCGAACCCCCGGCGAGACAGGGUGGCGGCAAGGUCGAGGACGUCGACGGUCUGGUGUCUAAGCUGAAGGAGCUGGGUGCGAUAUAG